CGCGGCUCGGCUCGGCUCCUCGGCUCCGCGGCAGCACCAGCAGCACCGGGGUCGGCAGAAGCCGCAGCGAUGUCGGAACGGAAAGUGUUGAACAAAUAUUACCCCCCGGACUUUGAUCCGGCCAAGAUCCCAAAGCUCAAGCUCCCGAAGGACCGGCAGUACGUGGUGAGGCUCAUGGCCCCCUUCAACAUGAGGUGCAAGACGUGUGGGGAGUACAUCUACAAGGGCAAGAAGUUCAAUGCCCGCAAGGAGACGGUGCAGAACGAGACUUAUCUGGGGCUGCCCAUCUUCCGCUUCUACAUCAAGUGCUCGCGCUGCCUGGCUGAGAUCACCUUCAGGACAGACCCCGAGAACACGGAUUACACCGUGGAGCACGGCGCCACCAGGAACUUCCAGGCAGAGAAACUCCUGGAGGAGAAGAGGAUGCAGAAGGAGAGGGAAGAGGAAGAGCUCAACAAUCCCAUGAAGGUCCUGGAGAACCGAACCAAGGAAUCCAAGCUGGAGAUGGAGGUCCUGGAGAGCCUGCAGGAGCUGAAGGAGCUCAGCCAGCGCCAGGCCAACGUGGAUUUCGAGGCCAUGCUGAAGCAGUACAAGGAGCUGGAGGAGGAGCAGAGGCGCAAGGAGCAGGAGGAGGAUGAGGAGGAGAUGAAGGCCAUGCUGGAGCAGGCCCAGAAACGCCAGCUCCUGGAGGAUUCUGACUCUGAGGAGAAACCAACAAAACCCCGCCCGAAUCCCGUGGCCCAGACAAAACCCACAGCCAUCCUGCAGGAGGACCCCCAGCCCCAGAACAAGAAGCUGAGGAUGGAGAGCUGGGAGUGGAGCAUGGGCAAGCUCAGCACCAAGGCCCAGCUGGCCGGGCUGGUGGCCUGCAGGAAGCAGAAGCCAGAUACUGCCCUGGAUAACAGGAUGGAAACCGGAGGCACCACAGCCAGCGCUGGCUCUCUUCCAGCAGCAGCAGCCACCUCCUCACUGGCUUUGUUGGGAGCCUACUCAGACAGCAAGGACAGCGCCAGCAAAUGAGGGGCAGGGACAGGGGAGGGAUGGGGCUGUCCCCACUCCCUGCUGCUCCUGGAGCCCCACACAGAGCUGGA